AUGUCGUUGGAAGAAAACCAAAACAGGAUGAAGAAGAAGAAGUCAUCAUCAUCAUCACCAGAGUCUCCUCCUCUGUCGUUUUUGUCGUUACCGCACGACAUCGUUUUCAACACUCUGGCUAGGAUCCCUCGAACCAGUUAUCCAAUUCUAUCUCUUGUCUCCAAGAGCUUCCGUUCACUCCUGGCUUCGCCUGGUCUCGAGGCCGCACGAUCACUCAUCGGAAGACCCGAGAAGUACCUCCACGUCUGCUUAAACCUCAACCCUAACCCUAGGUGGUUCAUACUUUCCCAACGUGAGUUGAUACCAACCUCUUCGUUUCCCUACAAACAUCUCAACUCCUCUAGUGUUGUCUCAACUGGCUCUGAGACUUACGUAGUCGGAGGUGAACUCGUUGUGAAUGGAAGAGAGGAAACAAGUAAAAGAGUGUUUCUAAUCGAUUUUAAAACUCAUCAAUGGCGUGAACUCCCCAACAUGCGUCUUUCUAGAAGAGAAGCAGUCGUUAAGGUGAUGGACGGUAAGAUAUAUGUGACUGGAGGCUCCAGCAAACGCAAGUACUCUACCAAAGACGACAACUAUAGAGAGGUUUACGACCCAAAUACACUAACUUGGGAGCCCACAAGUGCCAAAACAUUCCAUCUACCCAAUCUCAAAAGUCAAAAAGGCUAUUACAGUUCUAAUACUUGCUUCCUAGAUUCAAAUUCUUUCAGUUCCACCAGGCUGUCCAUGGUAGAGUUAGAGAAAAAGGUGUGGUUUGUGAUUCGCGAUGGUGAACUACGUUGCGGUGGCUUAUCUUGGUGGACUACAGUUCAGGGACUUGGAGCAAUAUUAUCCUCUAAUGAUCUUAUUUACGUGACGAAGUCUGGCCAAGACAAGAGAGUUAUAGUUUGGUGGAAGACUAGUUAUGCUGAGGAAUGUGAAACUGAGAUUUGGUGUGCACAGAUUUUAAUUGGGAUUUGGGAUCAGAAGACGGUUUAUGGAUUCAUAGAGUGGUCUGAGAAUGUGUUUACCCUCCAGGAAUGUCAUGAUUCUAAUGAUGAUUCCGAAUUCAUUUUGCAUUCUGCUUUAGUAACUCAUGAUUAUUGA